AUGGGUGAGCAGCUAGCAGACGCAAACCUGUUUCAGGUGUACACGCACCUCGAAUAUCCUCUCACCCUCCCCCUUAUGCGGAUGCAGCACCAAGGCCUGCCGCUGCUGCUGCAGCCGCUGCAGCAGCAGGUGGAGCGGGGGGCGAUAUGCCUAGAGCUUCUGCAGGGAGCAGCAACACGGCUUCUGGGUCGCCCAUUUGUCCUGUCGGAUGCAGCAGCGCUAAGGGCUGUGCUGUUGCAGGUCCCGGAGGUGCUGCAGCUGCUCUUGAGUGACAGCACCAGCAGCAACACCAGUAGCAACAUCAAUAAUAAUAACAGCAGCAGUGACAGCAGCACUGGUCUGUUGCUGUACUCUUCCCAAGACCCGCUCCGCCCGCAAGAUGUCCCACUUCUGCUGCGCCGGCUGCAGUUUCAGCAUCCCCUGGCGUGGAUAUUGUGUGCUUAUACGACGCUGCUGCCGCUGCAGCAAGCAAUUGCUUGUGUUGCAGCAGCAGCAGCAUCUCCUGCUGCCGCCUUUGCAACAGCACCUGUGGCAUCUCCGUACGGAGGUGGUGAAGGUGUCUUUGCUGCAGCAGCUGCUGCUACCUGCUGCUGCUUGCAUCACCCCUUGUGCGCAGCCUCGGACCACCACGAACCGCAGCAACGGCAGCAACACCAGCAGCAACAACAUUUGCAGCAGCAGCAGCAACAGCAGCAACAGGCAAACGGAGCUUUUCGGCCUCUUGUUUUUCCUCGGCUACGUGUCUUCCACGCGGAAGCAGCAGCAGCAGGAUGGAAGGUCUCUCUGCGACUGCCUGGGGCAAUUCAACCUGCUGCUGCUGCUGCUGCUAGUAAUACCGCUGCUACUGCUGAGGCCGCAGAGGCACGCCAAACUCUUCUCAGCGUGCAGCAACAGACACUGCAGGAAGAGCUCCUGCUGCUGAUGCUGCGGAUGCAACGCCACUCAGCUACGACCGCAGCAGCAGCAGCAGCACGACAGAGGAACUCCACUGAUGCUCUCCUCCUGCUUCUCCUAACGAGGGGACACCAGCAGCAAAGGCAGCAGCAGCAACGUGGGACGCAGCGGCAAGAAUUUCCUCCCGGCGUCUCCACAAAAAGCCUCGAAGUCUACAUCCACCCUGCAGCGUUGCAGCAGUGCAGCAGCAGCAGCAGUAGCAAAUACAGCUGCAACGGCAGCGGCAGCAGCACAUGUAUCCGGAAGGGCAAGCUUCUGUGGAUCCAUCGGACCACCGCGCAACUCGGCAACACAGACAAGCAACAGCCGCAGCAACAGCAGCAGCAACAGCAACAGCAACAGCAACAGCAACAGCAGCAACAGCAACAACAGCAGCAACACCGGCAACACCAGCAACAAGAGCAGGCAUUAAAAUCGCCGCAUAUCCCCAUUUCCUUUGUAGCAGCAGUUCAACUGUACAAAACUCACAGCAGCUGCUCAACAGCGGCGCCGACAGCAGCAGCAGCGCCAGCACCAACAGCAGCAGCCACAGAAGCACAUGCAGGAACCAGCUCAGAAGGAGGAGCUGAUGGGGUGCUGUUGCUGCCUACAUCGCUUUUAUUUCGACUGCAGGCGCCUUUGAGGCCUGCCGCCUGGCGCCAAGGAGCGCAGCAGCAGCAACAGCAGCAGCAGGUUGUUUCGCUCCCUCCAGUAGGAGUGCUCGAUGUGGGCGCCGUUGUGGGGCCGCCAAAAGGCUUCGUUCUAGUUGCAACAGAGCUACAGCAUCUGGAGCUGUUAGCCUUAGGGCACCUUUCAGGUUUCGAGCCGCUGGUGCAGCUCCUGCGGCAAAACAGCAGCAAAUCAGCUGCAGCAGCAACAACAACACCAACAGCAGCAAGUGCUGCUGGAGCAACAGUAGCUACCCCUGAUGUACUCGCCACGAUGAACGCGGCCUUGCUGCAAAUGCUGCGGCGCCCGGCAGCUGCUGCACAGCACCAACAGCAGCAGCACCAGCACCAACAGCAGCAGCAGCGGCAACAGCAACAGCAGCAGGUGGUGGAGGAGGCAUUAAAGGUUUGGGUGUCUCUUUGUGAGUAUCGAGGAGUUGCUUUUAGCCUCUUUGGCGUUGGCUUUACAACAAAGGAAAAAAAUUGGAAGAGGCGCUGCCUGAAGGCGGCAGCAGCAGAAUUAGCCAAAGCCGCUCUGCGGGCCCUCUGCGACGCCAUCGCCGACGUCCAUAAGCAACAGCCGCAGCAACAGCCCCAGCAACUACAACAGCAACGGCAGCAUCAGCAACAACAGCAACAGCAGCAGCAACGGCAGCAGCAGCAGGAGCAGCGGCAGCAGGAGGAGCAGCAGCAGGAUGUGUGUUAUUGCUGUUCUUAUGUUAAGCAACCCGCAUGCUUGCCGCUGUUGCUGCUAAGAGACGGAUUUAUCUUAGAGGUAGAAGCAGAAAGACUACAACAGUCCUUCGGUCUUUGCCUUUAA